AUGGACGAUUUUGAUUUUUUACCUGAUGAGUUGAGACAUGGAAACAUUCAUCUCCCCGAGAUAGGUUUCGGAGUGUUUCCUCCCACUUCUGCCUCUGCCUCCUUGACAUCGAUUCCAAACCCAUUUGUGAACCAACACUCUCGCAGAAACCUUCUUGGUUUGUGUCAGAAUCUCAAUAAAAUGAGUAUCUCCGACGAAGAAAGGAGUAUCUUCACCGGAUCUCAUCCUUUUCUGGGCUCUCCCACCUCCAAAAAUCUUCAUGGGAUAAGACUUGGAGGUUCGUUUCUGGAAGCUUCUUCUCAUCGCCAAGCUCUAACGCAGAGCUCUAGUGGAGAAGUUAGUGACAAUAGUCACAGGCUUAGAUUGCUUGCUCGAGAAGACUACCCUAAGCCUCUCCCUAACCGCUUUACAGAGAACAAAGAUUGCCUCUUGGAGCAACAAAAACGACGACACAUUAUAGAUUUUCGAGAAAUCAGAGGAAAUAGGAUCUUUCAACCUCUUUCAGGAGGUUCUCGUAAAUGCAUGAAGGAGGGAGAAGCUUUGUCUUUGUCUCCAGAUCUUGUGUCCGUUCUUGGAAUCUACGGAUCUGUGUACAUGGCGGCAAAAGAACAGAUGGGUUGUCGUUUUCUACAGAAGAAACUGAUGGAAGAAGGAAGCUUUGUUGAUGUCAUGUUUAUAUUCAGAGGAUUGGUUAAUCAUCUGAUCGAACUAGGAGUUGAUCAGUUUGGCAAUUUUCUGGUGCAAAAGCUUAUUCAAGUCUGUGACGAACAACAGAGAACAGAAAUCGUUAUCAUGUUGACCUCUAAACCUGGGUUGCUUGUCACUAUCUCCCUCCACAACUAUGGGACAAGAGUUGUGCAGAAGCUGAUUGAGACAGUGAGAACAAAGACACAAAUCAAUCUGGUUAAGGCAGCUCUUAAACCGGGUUUGCUCUCUCUGGUUACAGCUACAAAUGGGAAUCAUGUUGUUCUAAGCUGCUUAAAAUUCCUUGCCCCUGAAGAUAACAAGUUCGUUUUGGAGGGUGCUACUAGGUUCUGUGCCACAAUUGCAACUCAUGAACAUGGAUGUUGUGUGCUGCAACACUGCGUUCAAUACUCAGAUGGUGCGGAACGUGAGAACCUCGUUGCUGAAAUAGCCAGAAACUCUCUCCACCUUGCACAAGACCCUUUCGGGAACUAUGUGGUGCAAUGCAUAAUAGAGCAGAACUUGGGAGGAGUAAAUGUAAUGUUUGAGUUAAGAGGGAACUAUGUGAAAUUGGCUAAGCAGAAGUUUAGUAGUCAUGUAGUUGAGAAAUGUCUUAUACAUUAUCCAGAGAGUAGAUCCCAGAUCGUCCACGAGCUCGUCUCUGAUUCAAACUUCGAGCGUCUUCUUCAAGACCCUUUUGCUAAUUAUGUUAUCCAGUCCGCUCUAUCUAAAACUAAGGGCAAUGUUCGGGCGAGAUUGAUGGAUAAAGUACGAACAUUUGGAAACCUUAGUAUGAAUCCAUAUUGCAAGAAGAUAUUCUUCAAGCACCGCCGCCACUUGAGGAAGUGA